GGGCGUGUGUUGUACAGUUUCAGGUGCCGUGCGCGGUUAGGUUUUGGGGAAGGGGGCGCCCGGCGCCUAGGCCGUCAGGCCGCGGUUGCGGAGCUCGUCCAGCGCGGCCUGCGAGCCCGCGUCCGCGGCGGUCAUGAAGUAGUCGAGGGCCUUCUCGUCGUCCUUCUCGACGCCCCGCCCCUCCUUGUACAUGGCGCCGAGCUCGGCCUGCGCGUCGGCGUCGCCCGAGUCCGCCGCGCGCAUGUACCACCGCGCCGCCUCGGCGUCGUCGAUGAGCACGCCGCAGCGCCCGUCCUGGUAGCAGAGCCCGAGCCAGUUCUGCACGUCGGGGUCGCCCUGGUCGGCCGCGCGCACGAACCAGUCGACGGCGGCCUUCUCGUCCCGGGGCACGCCCUUGCCCUGCAUGAGCGCGAGCCCGUAGUUCGACUGCGCCUGCACGACGCCCGCCUCGGCGGCCUUGCGGUACCAGUCCGCCGCCGUCGCGUCGGGCUCGUCGACCUGGGCGAGGCCCUCCUCGACGGCGCCCGCGAGGCAGUUCAUGGCCACGGCGUCGCCCGCCAUGGCCGCCGCGCGGAAGUGGUUCACGGCCAGCGCCUGGUUCAUCUCGCAGCCGAUGCCCGCCUGGAGCAGCAGCCCGAGCGCGAGCCGCGCGCCCGCGUCGCCGCCGGCCGCCUGGUCGUUGAGGCCCAUGGCGUCGCACGACCGCAUGGCCCACAUCGUCGCCUCGAGCUGGGCCGCCCGCGGGUUGCCGCGCACGCCCUUGCCCUCCAUGAGGAUCGACGCGAGGUGCGCCGCGCUGAGCGCGUGGCCGAGCUGCGCGCCGCGCUUCAGGUAGCUCGCCGCCUCGGUGUAGUCGACGCCCUCGCCGAAGCCGUAGAGCCAGCGGCAGCCCUCGGCGAAGCAGCGGCCGCCGUCCGUCUCCCGCGCGGCCGCGCCGUGGACGCGCACGGACCUGCGCGAACGUCAACAGUUCACGGCGCGUUCCGGCGUCGCGUCGACGGCGAUGCCGGUUCCUCGCCGCUCGACCGAUGCCCAUUCGUAGGUGCGUACCGCUCGACCGGUACACACGCUUCGGCCGUCGAUGGGACGUAUACCGGCAUCGAAGCGCUCAUGCCGGCAUCGGCGGCGACCGGUACCGCGUUCGAUACGCGACCGGCGCCGGUACGCGGUGCGUAUCGCUCGACCGAUGCCGGUUCCUCACCGCUCGAUGGCGUGGCGAUGCCGGUACCGAGCCAGGACGGCCGCGUCACGCACUGGUUGAUUUCCACGCGGGCGAGGACUGGUGCGCGUCGUCGGGAGCGGGCGCCGCCGGCGCGAGCCGCGCCUGCUCGCGCGCGUCGCGGACUCGGCCCUUGAACGUGAGCGCGGAGCCCUCCUUCAUGCCCACGCGCUGCACCAGCACGUCGAGCUUUUCGUCGCUGCAACCCACCAGGGCCUCCCAGGUCCACUCGUCCUCGGCGAACUUCUUCGCGUAGGCCGUGGCGUUCAUGAUGCCCAUGGCGGCCAGCUUGUCCUCGAGGUCGACGCUCAUCGUCCCGCGGCCACCGGGCAGCCCGUCUCUCCCGCUCUCCUCCGCGGCCGCGGCGCUCUCCAAAUCGAG